AAUGGCGCCUUUGCUUUGAAAAUAAAUAGCUCUGUCUCUCUCGACAACCAUUACCGUCGGUGGCGAAGCCGCUUCUCUGAUUCAAGAGAGAGCCAGGAUGAUGCUCCGAACUCCAGUUCCGAAAAGGGCGAGGCCCAUCGAGCCCGCUCCUAUUAUCGAGAGCCCGCCCACCGGUUCCGAUCAUCACCGGCAGCUCGCUAUCUAUGAAGAUCCUCCCUCUGCCGAUCCUGCUCGCCGGGAGCCCUCCCAUGAGCCCUCGCAACAGUCCGAGCACAUGCUCUGCACCUAUCAGUGCCGCCAAAUGGUUAAAGCAGAUUUUCUCGAUGCACUGAGCAAUGCAGAAAAGCAAGUUCAGGACUAUCAGUCUCAACUGGCUGAAUUGAGUGAUAACUUCAGGAAAGCUGACGAGGAGCGGAAGACAUUUAGGGAGAAGUUAUCAUAUGCAGAGCAAGAACUUGCUGCUGCAAAAGGACGAGAGCAAGCAUUGCAUGAUCAACUACUGAAGGAGGUUAAUGACUCUCAUGAAAGGUUGAAAAAAGAAUUAGAAUCGUCUGCAAAACUUCAGACAAAGCUUGAAAAUGAACAGAACCUUCGUAAGAAAGCAGAAUCCACCGCAGCUUCUGCUGAAGAUAAAGCAAGAGAGUUGGAGGCAAAACUUGGCCAUAUUUCUCAAAGCAUAGAAAAGGAGAAGAAGCAACUCAAUAACGAACUUGUCCAUCUUAAACGGGAUUCCAAGUUUUCAAUUUCGAAGAUAACUGUGGAUCUUGAGAAAAUGGAAUUCAGAGCUCAAAGUUCCGAGAAAGAAGUGGAGCUGCUGAGGAAGCAGCAAGAGGAUCUGCAGUCCAAAUUUUCUCAGGUGCUUUCUUUACAUAUUGAUCAUGACAUAGUCAUAGUCAAGUUCAAUAGGUGUUCUCCUGAUCAUUUGAUUCUCCCUGAUUGCUUAUUUAUACAAGAUUACACAAUGUUGGUUUUUGGCUUGUGGAGUGAAAAGUCAUUAAGGAGUUUGAGUUCAGGAAAGAAAUGUUUGAUUGCCUUAUGUUUGUAUUGUCCCAUGGACUUUCUUUUUCAGUGCUUGCACCAGAAGAGUGAAUUGGAGAAAAAGUUAACAAGCCUCUCAUUUGAAGAUGAUUCUCCAAAGGAGAGUGAUAUUUUGGUUAAGCAUCUACAAGAAGAGCUUCGCAAUUAUGAGUCGGAGGUUAGAGAGGCAAGAAAACUGAAAUCUGCUUAUGAAAACAUUGAAUUAAUAAAGGAAAAACUAUUGGAAGAAAAGAGCCGCAGGGAGAGAGCUGAGUUACAAUUGCCGAAGUUGCACGAAUAUGAGUUCAAGAUAAAUGAAUUGGAGGAUGAGUUAUCUGCUUGGAAGCUCAUGAUUCAGGACAUCCCAGGUGUUUCGUGCCGUGAUGACAUACGUUUGCGAAUUUCAGCAUUACAGAAAGAGGUGAUUGAUAACUUGAAGAAGCUCGGUGAUGUGAAUGCCCAUUUGAAACAAAUGGAGGUGAUUUUGGACAAAACCCAACUUGAUAAACAAAAAACUGAGACAGAAGCUGUAUUGGCUAAAGAGAAAGCUGACCGGUUGGAAGCAGAGGUUAAGAGGAUGAAUGUGAUGCUUUCUGCUGUUUCUGAAGAGCGGAAUGUGUUAAAAACUGCCAUUGAAGAUUUCAAAUCAAAGAAUGAACAAGCAGGGGGGAAUGCAAGUAGUAGUAUCAUGCAGAUCCAGGAGCUUGGAUCAUCUAUCUUGGAAAGAGAACCUUACAUUAAAGAACUGGAGGGUGAUUUAUUUGCGCAAAAGGAGAUCAAUGCCCAUCAACGUGAUGAAAUAAAGUCACUUCAUGACAGACUAAAUAGUGAAGCUAGGAGAGUGAAAUCCUUGGAGAGGGAGAAUGACCGCCUUCGCUCAGAGAUUUUUCUGUUAGAGUCGAAGAUAGGUCAUGGUGACUUUUCUGCUGCCAAUACCAAAGUGCUAAGAAUGGUAAACACCCUUGCAGUAGGUAAUGAUGCCAAACAAACGAUUGAGGCUUUACAAAGUGAGCUUCAGAGGACAAAAGAGAAGUUGCAAGCACUUGAAGAGUAUAAGAGUCAGUCGGGUAAUUCUGGCAAGAUGGUAGACUCAUACAUGUCCGGCAAGGUGGCACAGUUAAAAGAACAAAUUGCAACACUGGAGAAACGAGAAGAACGAUACAAAACAGUAUUUGCAGAUAGAAUCUCGGUUUUUAGGAGGGCAUGCUGUGAACUUUUUGGCUACAAGAUUGUGAUGGAUGAACGCCAGCGUCCAAAUGGAAUCCCAGUUACUCGGUUUACCCUUCAGUCCAUAUAUGCAAUGAAUGACGACGAAAAGCUUGAAUUUGAAUAUGAAUCAGGGAAUACAAACAUUGUGGAAAACAGCUACACCUCAACCUCAGAAAUUUCUCAGCAGGUUGACAUAUUUGUACGCAAGAUGAAUUCCAUCCCAGCUUUCACGGCAAACUUAACAGUGGAAUCUUUCAACAGACGAACCCUGUCUUAGAACAUUUCAGAAGUAGUACCUAGAUGGUCCCUAAAGGUUCAGGCUUUCUUUGAUUCUGUGCUUUGUUCAUCUUGCUGCCCAGGUGAUCUGCUCAUAGGCCAAAGGUACGUGUCAAUAUUCGGUUUGAGUUUAUAAUAUCUACAAGAUUCAAGCUUUAUCCUGGAAAAUCUCCUGCAUUUUUUUGGUGUGAUUCUAAAUCUUGAUUUUGCUGCUUUGUUGUCAUGCACUAAACUUUGACUUCAAAGUUGCUGUUAAGUUCAUUGUAUUUCCAGAAAGUUAGGCGUUGAAACAAAAAUGCCCCCCAUGUUUCUUCUGGUCCCCAAAAUCUGCUUACUCCCUCCCCAGUGACUUGACAUGUGGUUGAAUUUUGGCGCCUUUUUUGACUUGUAUGGUCAGAAUUUUCAGCACUCAAAUUAUAUAAAUGCUCUGUGCCUAUCCAUCCAGUGGAGAAUGCCGAAAGGUGGAAAGGGUCAUGAUUGAAGCCCAGAUUGCGCAUUUGGAUUUUAUAAAAGAAAUUGUAUUGUUCACAGUGCACCAAUUCGAUUUCUAGUGUUGAAAAAACUCACAUCUUACUGCUCAUCUUCGGGUGCGUAGAAGGUGAUUUAUUGUAAUUACAUGUGCAGGAAUAGUAACUGCUCCACCAUCUCUCUGUUUUUGGUGAAACAGCGGCAAGUGCAUUUUUUGUUCUUCCUUCAGAGUCAGUUGGGCUUCAGAGAGCCAUAACUGUUGCUGGCAUGCUGCACAUAUGAAUUUACAGUAAAUCACAUUUCCCCCCCUGUAAUAGUAAAUAACAUUUCCAUGCCCCAUAAACCAUCUUAUAAAAUCCAAUCCUCGAGCAUAGAAUUAACAAGGAUUUAGAAUGAAUAAAGAUUGUGAAACUUACGAGAG